AUGGCCUCUCCCAAACCUGUUUCCCUGGGCUCAGGCAAGGAAGAGUCGCCGCCCGCCCCGUCACCGCCUCGCCAAAACGAAGAUUCCGAUAACGCGACGACCCCUACGCGAGUCCAAGAGGCCGACGACUCUUCAGAAUCGCAGGCGCACGAUGCACGGGAGCAAGGCGAAAUCUCCGACUCGGAUGCGCCCCCACUUCCCAACGAGCCUCUCCCAGCCACCGCCGCCCCGGCGCCACCCGUGAUUACGGGCUACAAUCCUGCUAUCCACGGCGAUUACGAUCCCAACGCCUGGUAUGCCAAGGGCUACGAGGACCCCGAGGCCGCGGCCCCUGUGCCCAACCCUGACGCCAUCUACGAGUCCACCGCCCUGUUUAAUCGAUUUACGGGCCAAUACCAGACCGCCGACCAAGGGCCGGCCAGACACAGUGACGAGGCCAAGGCGAAGCGUCAAAUGAAUGCCUACUUCGACGUCGACGACGCGGCCAACUCGCACGAUGGGAGGAGUCUCAAGGCAGAGAGGGCAGGCAAAAAGCCCACCAAGUCGGAACUCAAGGCUUUCAAAGAAAAAGGAAGGCGAGGAAGGAGGAGAAGAGGAGGGCGUGGCUAA